CCCUCCGUCCCAAUAUAAAAGACACGUUUGCGUUUCCAUACAUUUUUAGAGUGAACACUGUUUGGACACUGUUUGGACAUUGUUUGGACACUAUGUAGAACUAUUUUGUUUGCCAAAAGAGAAAUAUGUCUUUUAUAUUGGGACAGCCUGAAAAGAAAAGUGUGUGUUUUAUAUUGGGACAGAGAAAUUUUUUACUUUUACAUCAAAAUGUAUAUUUUUAUUUCAUAAUUAUUCAGGGGAAAAAUUAAAAGAAAAAUAUUACAUAUAAUAAUUUAAUUAAUCUUUUACAAAAUUGAUAUAUAAGAAAAUACACUAAGUGUAUUUUGUUGACGAUGCUGAAAUACACAAGAAAAUAAACAAGUCUAAGCAUUGUUUUCAUACAUACAUAAUCCAUUUUUUACAUUUUGGUCUCUCCACCCCACAACCCGAACAGGCCAAAGAACUAAACAGUGGUUCAGUCUUCAGACCUUAAACCGGCAGUUUUGAAUUAAAACCCAAUUAUCCCUGGAAAUUUUAGAGUCCAUUGCAGUAGUUUAACUAUUUUUGCCAUUCUCAAUACUUCAAACGUCAACAUUCCAUAACAGUUCAUCACCGAUUCUUAUCGGCGAUUCAGGCUAUCAAAAAAUAAUCUAAAAGAUGAAAAGACUAAUUCUGUCCAUGUUUCGACAAAGUAAAGUGCACUAAUUAAAUCCCCUCCACCACAGUUAGCCAGAACAGCUAAAGAACGAAGAAGUUUUGUGAAGAGGAAGAAAUGUAAGGGCAGAACAGGCAGCAACAACAAGGGAGAAGAGUUGAAGCUGCAAAGCGAAGCCCUAAUUCAUCACUUUCUGCACUUUUCAAUAGGCGUCUGGGCAAUUGCUAAGCGGCCGCAGAAACCUACGUACAGUGCAUAAUCAUUCUUCAAAUCAUUGAAUGGAUGAAUUACUGCUACAGCUACUAUUAAAUAUCAGUAAAUCUGAUGUCUACCGGAAAAAACGGGGAAGAGACAUCAAUUAGACGCUCCGCCUGUGUGGUGUAUCCUGAAGGGCAUCGUCAAAUUUGGUGAUGAAACGGCUAUGAUUUAAAGGGAAGAAGCUCCAAAAUAUGGAAGAAGACCUAGCUAGCAUUUUACAUUUUGAACGCCAAGUCCAUUCGGUUCGUUUCUGGCCCAUUAAACUUGCAUAGUACAUAGUACAUACUGCAUACUCAAGUAGUGUUCUAAGCCCAACUGCAACUCUAAUUCUCAACCAUUUUUAAGGAGUUCUAUUCAAGUCAUAUGGAUUUUACGAAUUCUCUCUCUAGGCGAGAGCUUUCUCUAUAGGCGGCUGUCUCCCUGAGUUAGGGGUUGUUUUUCUCCCCUUUCGUCUUCGAUGAAGUGCGGCUUUCUUGUGUGGCUUUCGUCCACCUUUCGUGAGGCUGUCUUAUUCGGCAGACUGCAGCACCUAUAUGACGGCCAAAGGUUGUGUACCCCUAUCAACAGGUGAAGAGUUUCGAGUAUGUUGUUCAUGGUUGAGAUCAGAAGGUCAUGGACAAAGCGUGAGGCUAUGGGCUGGAACAGAUCUAGACCGGAGGCAAGGAGCGGAAGAUGCUACAAUAUUGUUGGACCGCCCCCCUCCUGAACUGCCGUCAUGGAGUGCAAGAGAGUUUAGGGUUUGGAAGCAGUAUUUUAAUUUUAUUGUUUGCUUGUUAUUUAUUUUUCAUUAUCAGACUGUUUAUUUUUUUGUUGGUUACUUUUAUUGUUGUAAGACUCUUGCAUUAGGAUUUGGUGAUGGGAGAUUUGCUUUAACAGUCGUUGGCUCAUUUAUGCCCAAUAUAGGAUCAACGAGUUAUAUUGCUUUUUUGGAGGUGAUUAACUCUAAGUCUGGUUCGAGGGCUGACGGUUGCAUGUGGUUCUUUUGUCAUUUUAAUCCUAUCUGAAUGUUGCGAUUUGAAUUUAGGUCACCCGUUUUGACGGGAAAAAAGGAGUUCUAUUCACAAUCACACAAUUGAAUCAUUCAUACUGGAAUGGGGGUAAUAUUAUUUAUUAAAAUAAAUUUAAGUGGUUGUGAAUAGAAACAAUGUGACUGAAUAGAAUUUUCUUGUAAGAAGUUUGUGUAUUGAGUUAGUAAAUUCG